AUGCAAUCAUUUUCAGAGAAGAAAGCAAGACAACAACUAGAUCGAUCCUUAGAAUUAAUUGAACAAAUUAAAAAUGACAAAAAUCAUGCAAAGUCAAAACUAAAAAUUUUCAAAAAACUUACUUUAGCUAAAAAUGACUAUGAAGAAGCUAAAAAAGAAGCUGAAAAUAAAUACAAUGAAAAACUAAACAAAUUAUUUCGUGUCAUAUGCGCAUCAGAUGAUUAUGAAACAGCAUUCGAAAUGCGCUUACUUGGUGGCUUUGGUUAUAAACAAGAUAUUGCACAGGGCCAAGAAUUAAUUAAAAAAGCUUCAAGACUUGGUCUUACUAGUGCAAUUACUUGGCUCUGCAACUUUACUAAGUAA